AUGUCUCUUGCAAGCCCAUUGGGCUCUACAUAUGGAGCACGUUUGAGUGCAUAUCUCACCACAUACGAGGAUUUCCGCAAACAUAGAAAACGCACCAACAAGUUCUUGCUCAAGUUACGUCAUGACUUGAACUUGGUCACCAGAGACACAAGAAACUACCAGGACAAGGAGAAAACCUCGGCAAUUUCGAAGGAAGAAUAUGCCGCCGAUGCUCGUCACGGCGAGCUUUUGCUUUUGCUAGCUGAAAGAGACUCGUUGUUUGCCAGCGAAAUUAAAAGUUUACUUGAAAUUAGCGGAGACAAGCUCUCGUCUUACAAGAAGUUGAUGGUGAGCAAGUUGAAGAAAGCGGUGUCUACAUGCACAAAGUUGCUUGCAAUCACCGAAGAUGAGCCAAAUACUAUCAAGAGAAUCGAGCUCUACGUGUAUGCGGCACUUACACAGGGAGUUUACUCUGUGAACAAGAAGAGGUGGGAAGAGGCCCUUUAUGCGUUUUCCGUAGCCAGAUGUGGCUUGGAGCUUUUGGCCACACAGCUUGUCGAGGACGACACUAAUGCCCUGUAUGACAGAACUCUCAUUGACGAAUUGCUCGAUACCGUGGUGGAUCCAUCGUUGAAUUUAGCUGUUUCCCAAGGUUCUGUGGUGGAGACCACUUCCGACUUGAGAACUGUGGCUAGAAAGCACUGUAGCGAUGCAACUGUGUCGUACCUUGCGCCUGCUGUGGGUUUGAUUGCAUCUGUGGACGAUUCGUUUGUUCAGGAAGUCGAGGAAGAGGAGGAGGUGUCCAAGACUGUGGUUUGGAGAGACCACGAGGCCAAUAUUUACAAUGACGAGCUCUCCAUCAAAAUUAUCAGAUUGAACAGAACCAAUUGGAAGAGCUUUGUAGAGGCCAAUGAUUACGAUUCGCUCUACUCACAGUGGUCUGCGUUGGUUGAUAUCCACACUGGCGAUUUGGCCAAGUCGAAGGACGAGGACGACGAGGAGAGAGUGCAAGACGGCGCUGUCCUCUUGACUUAUCUCAAGUACAAUAUGCUUUUUACUCGGUUGAAGCGUGACUUGCUUCUCAUAGACCAGUUGAACGCACAGUCCAUCUCCAGUGUCUCCAAGAGGCUUCAUUCCAACAAGGAUGUGUUGAGACUAUACAGUGCAGUAGUUUCCACCGUGGACGAGCUUAAAGACUUGCCAGGUGUCUACAACGACGAGGACUUGUUUGAGUCCUUAGAAAACAUGGGCAGAUUCUUCACAGUCAAACGGUCGGUGGUGAUCGCUGACUCGUACUCACUUGCCAGCAAGUUCCCCGAGGCUUUAAAGAUCUAUGCUCAGAUCGAGCGGACUUUCGAUGCUUCUGGAACUUUUUACAAGGUUGACGAGUUCCCUUACGAUGUAACCAGCAAUACCCAGGCGCAAUCACUCACGGAGGAGGUAUCUAGACGUAGAAGCAAGACGCAGAGUUUGGCUCAAUUUGUCAGAGAGAACUCCACCAAUGCCAAGGUGGCCAUCGACGAUGUUUUCCAGUUCUCCAUUGCCGGGAAUACCGUCAGCAACAUCACCAACGUGUUGCAAAAGGGACACAUUUCGCCUGUGUUGAGUAAGGCGGUGUUGUUUGACAUUGCAUUCAACUACAUCAGUUACAUGUCUGGAGCACAGCCCGAGCCUGCUACACAUGCAACUGUGGAUGACGUGGAGGAGAAAAAGAAGGGAGGAUUCUUCGGAAUCUUUGGCCGCUAG